GAUGAUACAUUGGUGUAGGAAGUCGCAGUAAUAAUCGCAGAAAAAAAAAACAAUAAUAAACAGAGAAAGAACCAUUCUCUUAAUUAUUUUUUUGUUGUUACAUUACAAAUAAACCCACAACAAAUUAAAAUGUCUGACAUUAGUGAAAAACAAACAAUACAUAACUACUAUAAUGUCGCUUUGGAAUUGGUAAUGAAAUGUGGUCCAAUAGCCUUUGAAGGUUAUGAAAAGGCCGAAGCUGACUUUCAAACAAAAUCCGCUUUCUAUGAUCUUGUAACUAUUUAUGAUAAGAAAGUGGAAGAUCUACUCAUUGAGGGGCUGCAAAAAGCCUUUCCCGAAACGAAAUUCAUUGGUGAGGAGAAUACAGCGGAAGACAAAAGUGAACCGGUAUUGACAGAUGCGCCCACAUGGAUUAUUGAUCCAAUAGAUGGGACAACAAAUUUUAUUCGCCGAUUUCCCAAUUGGUGUAUAUCCGUUGGUUUGGCUAUACGAAAGGAAUUAGUAGUGGGUAUAGUUUAUCUUCCAGUGGUAAAUGAGAUGUAUUCGGCAUGGAAGGGCCAUGGCGCUUAUCUGAAUGGGCAGCCUAUCAGUGUCAGCAAAUGUACUAAUAUCAACAGCGCUGUUGUUGGCACAGAAAUGUCACUCAUUCAACGACCAGCCGUACGAGACAAACAUGUUAAGCGUCUGUGUAAGCUGGCAUCAAAUUGCAGUGGUUGUCGCAGCAUUGGCAGUGCAGCUGUAACGCUGUGCUAUGUGGCACGUGGCAGCCUUGAUUGCUUUGCCGUAGAAGAUCUGCAACCGUGGGAUAUUGCAGGAGGUGCUUUGAUAAUACGCGAAGCUGGUGGCUUGGUAUGCCACUCAAAAGGUGGUGAAUUUUCCAUAUUGAAACCGGACUGUAUUGCUGCAGCUACGCCUGAACUGGCUAAGGAUAUGAUAGAAUUGAUCAAUGAAGCCGAUCAGUUAACAGAAUUUACUUUUUGAAUUAAUGGAGGAUUGAUAAUCAGUGAUGCGAAAUAGCAACAACAAUUUAAAUAUUCUUCGCCAUUAGGUGGUACGAUAUGUUAACAGAAAUAUAAAGCUUUUCCAACUUUCAUAGUAUUAAGAAAUUACAAGUAAUAAAAAUAGUUAUUAAUCAAUA